AUGACGACGAUGGUUGUUGCGGCAAAGCAGAUGAUGUUGUUUGUUGUUCUGGCGCUGCUGGUGUUGGUGGCGCCAUCGCCGUGCUGGGGUCAACAGCAGGUGGAGCCACAGAUUGAGGCGAAAAGUGGUAGCCUUCACCUGCACGCGCAGUCUGGUGAUGUACACAUGCACACGAGUCUGGGCUCUGCAACGUGGACGGACACCGUCAACGACAUUGCAUCCUUGCAGGGUCAAGUGCAGGAACUGCGGCGUGUGGCUCUGCAGCUGCUGGCACAAACGCCUGUGGAUGUUGAUGCACGUUUUGAAUCCCUGGCACAGGAGAACGCGGCGUUGCGACAACGCAUGGACAUGCUCGAAGGGUUCAUUGCUGCGCAGCGCGAAGACAUUGCCCUGCUGCAAACCCAGGUCCGUGACUUGGACGAGCAAAAUGCUCGCGUCCAACCACUGAUCGAGCCCAUGGCGACUGUGGCGGAGGCCGUGUUUGGCGACCUUGGCUUCCCGCGUGGAUGGUCUGGUCCCGUCGCCACCGUCGUCCCAACAGAGAACGAGCGGCAGGCGUGGAUUGCAACAGAUCCCCAAAUCACCGAGACCAGCUGCGUCGAGUGUACAUCGCCACCGUAUUACAUCCAUGGCCCCAACGGCGGGCGUGACUCGUAUGCGCUCUCCUUCAACACCUUCCUCUCCUUCAUGCACUACAAGUACCCGGAUCGCCUCCCUGUCGACGGCAUCCGCCGCGCUGACACCGCAGGCCUGCUGCGGGGCCAGAGCCUGUUCAUCAGUGGGAAUCAGCUCCGCGGUGAGACCGACACCAACUGCCCCCAGUUUCCAAACGGAUGGUGCACCGGCGAGUCAAUGAGCGCUGCGGACAUCUAUGUGUCGACCGUUCGCGCCGUCGCCCCCACCACGAUGCACGCCCCGGCAACACAGCCCAUCUUCGUGCCAAACACCAACGGGUCUCUCGACAUCACCGACAAGCUCACCGUCGAGGUGUGGGUCAAGUGCCUGACGCCGCCCCGCCCCCAACCGGACGGGCGGACUUAUGCGCCGCUUCUCACGAAGAACGGACGCAUCGGCGUCAACCAGGACACCUUUGCCAUGUACCACGUGGUGGGCGUGUAUGACGGGCGCGACCUGGUGGUGUAUGUGAACGGCGUGGAGCAAGGCCGAACAACCAUUGGCGCCGUGGUCGCAUACACGGGGCCCGAAGCGAUGGUGAUUGGCUCCAACAAGCACACCAACCACGGCAGCAAGGGCAGCGUCCACGCCAUCCUCGAUGAGGUGGCCGUGUGGAACCGUGUGCUCGACGGUGCUGAAGUUGCGGCGAGCGUCUUUGUGCCCAUCACAGAUCGCCAGCAAACCCCCACUAACGACAACAACGAUGACGGCAGCAGCAGCAACAACAACAACAACAACAACAACAACAAGUUGGUCGCGUACAUCAACUUUGAGCAGCCGGAGCAGUGGCUUGACCUGUCGCCCAUGUGGACGGAGACAGCGAGUGGCGCCGAGCUGUUGCGGUCACAGCAUGUGCCAGACGUUGGCCCGCUGUCCCUCAACGCGAGCACAGCAAACUUGGUGCUGGUGCCGUCCGUGGACCAGUCGCAGCACGCUGCCUUUUUCUACGACGAGGACCUGGACAUGGAGUUUUUUCCGCGUGUGCCCGACGGCGAGUACGUUGCAUUUGUGUCCACGGCCUCGCUGCAGUGCGAGACAGACGCGGGCUGCCUUUGCAACACGUCCCUGCUGGUCAACGCGGCCAGCGUGUGGGACAACACCGUCACGGUGCAGCUGCGAGCGGACAACUACCACGUGUGCCACUCGUUCACGGGCGAGCCAGACACCUUCUACAUGCAGCCUGGCCCGCGUGUCUCUGCUGUGGACCUCGAUCCUUGCUUUGGUGUCACCUGCGGCAGCCACGGUGCCUGCAGGCAAGGCGCGUGCGUGUGCACCGACGGUUACACGGGCGACCUGUGCCACCUGCCACCUCCCGUCUUCAGCAACAACGGCACGACGCCACAACAACCCGCCCGCUCCUGCGCGGACGUGGCUGAUUUGCCAAAGGCAGCAGGCCUGUACUUUGUGAGCGACGAUCCAAACGCGCCGGUUGCGGGCGCCGCUUCGCCUGCCCUGUGCUUGCAGGCACCAAACGGUGUGGACGCCUACCGCGUGGCAUCCGUGAUUGCGUCGCCAACAGGCACAACAAUGGCUGCGCUCACUCGCGCUGGCGGCCUGUCUGCGGUAAACGAACUCAGUACAUCUGCGACGUUUGCGCAGCCGCUUUCCUCCGCCGCAUUUGAUCGCACGGCGGUGGCCUGCCUUGACGCCGACGAGCGUGUGGUUGAGGCGACGCUGACCCCCGUGCACGCAAGCACGUUUUCCCGCUUUGUGUCGGGGGCGUGGUCGUACCUGUCGCAGGAGACGGCGCAGAACGGCACGAUUGUGACCUUCACGGGCGGCGAGGACAGUGCGCCCAAGACGGUCACCAUUGAGACGGCGCAAGACACCCAAUACACGUGGAGUGACGCUGGUUUCGUCUGCGCCGGCCUGCCCGUCACCAGGGCCUGGCGCCUGGCCAUCCUUGUUGCGUGA